UAAAAUGUUAAAAAGAAUUACGUCUUUCCACGUAGACAGUCGCGGCCCCCACUCGUAAUAAGCCAUUCAUAAAAUACUGAUUAAAUAAAAUAAAAUGUAAAUAUAUUUAUUGUUUAAAUGUAAUCAAAACGAUAAAAAAUAAAAUCAGUUAUUUGAAUAAAAAUCUGUGAUUUUUUUAUACUAGUGGAAAAACUAUUUUUAGUUUAAGUUUUUACGGACAUUUUUGCGGAUUUUUUGGAAAAAAAGAAUGGUGUCUGUUUGGGAUCAAUACUGGCGAAACUACGGAGGACAUUAUUUUGUGGCUGAGGACUAUCAGAUGCCACAAACGGUGCCCCGGUCCGGGUGCAGCCCGCCGUCAGCGUCUCAAGGCGAGAGAGCGGUCCCCGGUUCCCCCGCUGAUCUACAACAUCUUCUCCGCCUCCUCGGCGCUGCAUCCCCGCCAGAACCGAUGCUUCACUCCCCACCCAACCCGCACAACAAACCGCCCCCACCCUACCCAGAAGACAACACAAACAACGUUUUCUUAGAACGCCUGUACGACUUCGAGGGUUACCCUACUCCCUCACCAUCAUCAGACGAAGGUUCUAUCCCAGCAGUCGCCCUGCAGCCCGCUUCACCCUACAGUUCUCUUCAGUACUCACCACAAGUGUACAUCAAAGAAGAACCCAACAGACUUGCCGUGCCCGGCUUUGCGUCUCCCUACCCCUUAUCUCCGUCAGGAUCGUGUGUGUCCUACGGAAGCCACAAUCAAUACUCGUCACCUGUCCCACAACACGAAGAAUACAUAGACAUAGAAGAGCUCCUAAAAGAAAAUCAGAUACUCCAAGACAGUGUCCAACAGAGCUACAUCACACCUAAAAUCGAAGUUGAAGAGCCAAGAGACCAUAUUCUACUCAGAUCAGCUCUCGAAGACACAUCCUUCCAGAAAAGAUUAAAUCUCAGACCAAUUCCUUUGGAGUUGGGAAGUGUGAAAAUGGAGGAGAGCAGUGGAGGUGACGAUUCUCUAGUCGCGCCUGAUAUCGACCGUGUCCUGAGCAUGGCCAUCGAACAGACCAAGAGGGACGUGGACAACACAUGCACAGUACUUGGAAUCUCACCUGAUCCAAUGCAAUGGAGUACGGGAGACGUGAAGGCGUGGGUAAUGUUCACAUUGCAACAUUACAAUAUGCCGAUGGUUCCUAUGGAAAACUUCACAAUGGAUGGCGCCGCACUUGUAGCACUAACAGAAGAAGAAUUCAACCAGAGAGCAUCUCAGGCGGGAAGUACUCUGUAUGCUCAGUUAGAGAUCUGGAGAACAUCACAAGGGUCUGAUCAUCAUCAGCUAUCAGCAUCGCCCAUUCCGACGCCUGCUGGUUUACCGUCUGCCGACGACAUGAGUGAUGGGUUGGCAAAGAAUCAAGAGUUAGCAACGGAUAAGAUAGAUGAGGACUCAGAGUCAGCGGGCACAAGUGCGACUGUUGGAGGCGGUAAAGCCAAGACCGGGAGUACACAUAUACAUCUGUGGCAGUUCCUGAAGGAGCUUCUAGCGUCCCCCCAUGUUCAUGGAUCGGCGAUACGGUGGUUAGACCGAAGUAACGGCGUAUUCAAGAUUGAGGAUUCAGUCCGCGUCGCCAGGCUGUGGGGCAAGAGAAAGAACAGGCCUGCCAUGAACUAUGACAAACUCUCCAGGAGCAUCCGACAGUACUACAAGAAGGGAAUCAUGAAGAAAACAGAGAGGAGUCAGAGGCUUGUCUACCAGUUCUGUCAUCCGUACUGCUUAUAAAUUAAUACUCUCGUUUAGUCUAUAAGUAGUGUACAUAAUUUAUUUAAGUUGUAUAUUAGGGUGCGUGAGAGCCGCGGUAAUGCGGACGGCACGAUGACUGGCUUCGUUUUGCGGCGCAAACGCAAAUCGCAGCGCAGUCGCCGACUUUGUAGACUGCCGAAUUUUCUACGGUUCUUUGUAUCGACGAGUACGUCGUGAGGCCGGGAAUUAAUAGGCGUCUUUUACACUAUCCCUCCAUAAAAUUCGGGAAAGGUAAUUUUCUCUGGAAUUCUAUUGGACGGGACUAUUAGAUGUGUUAAUGUUUUAGUUUUACCAGCGACUAAACGAUCACGAUCCGAUUGGUGUUGAGUUUACACAGGAUCGUCCUCGUCGAAAGCUGGUAAUGUUUAUCCCAUAUAUCUAUGAUAUAUUUCUAGUACGUUCUAUGAACUUUUAGUUAGUUAAGCGAUCUGUAAAUAUAAGGAAAAUGUGCCCUCUAUUGUUUGGUACUAAGAAUAGUGAUUAAAAAGAGAUUAUUCUCGUUGUAAGUUUGUAAAACGUGUUGUAAAAUGUGUUAUACUUUUUUAUAAAAUAUAAAAGAAAUAAAAAGUGUUAAUCUAAUUUUUAUAUUAAAAAUAUUUAAAAAAGACGAGUUACGUCACUUAUUGCAAUAAUUAUUAAAUUAAGUUUUUAUAUUUAAUUUUAGUGAAGGCGGAUGAUUCGUGCAAAAUUUGUUUCGGAUUCUAAUCUCAAAAAUAUUUUUAAUUUUGUGCCAAAUAGACGAUUAUUUAUUGGGGACAAAAUUUUGUGUAAAACAUUUUGUAAAGGUGUCCCGCCGAGAUGUAAAUAAUUAUUGUGUAAAAUAUUUGCAAUAUUGGUGUUGGGAUAGAAAUAAAAACAUAUGAAAUAAGUAUAAUAAAUGUUUAUUAUAUUACAUUUUAUAAGUUAACGCAGUUAGCGUUGUAUUAAAUUUUAAUAAUGAUUAUUAUUGGACCAAACUAAUGUAGAUUUUAUGAAUCAAUUUUAAUGUCAUAAUAAAUUAAAUGGCUAUUCAA